AUGACUUUAAAAGAAGCCGACCCGCAGAGCGCAGAUCAGCUGGAGGGGGAACCCAACCCCGCCCCAAAAGGGAGCAGGACCGGGAGCUCGGGCGCCAAGAGCCAGCCCCCCGAGACGCUGGCCCUUCCUGAGUUAACAACCGGACCUGUCCGAGUCCCUGCAGAGUUAACAACCGCGUCCCUGAGAUUGCUGUUUGGGGGGAGGGAAAGUGUGGUGAAAUGGGAUUCCAUACCUGACCUGACUGUCCUGACCCCGGACUAUUUAGAGGGGUAUCAUCCUCCACCAGACAGCCGUUUAAUAUCAUCCUCCACCAGACAGCCGUUUAAUAUCAUCCUUCACCGGACAGCCGCAGUGUGGACCCAGGACGUCGACGGAAGUGCCCGGUGCCUCGGUUCGCCAGAGCUAUACGGAGCGGAGCCGCGCUCUGAGCCCAUGUGUGGGCUCUCUGAUGAACCGCCUCUCCCGGGAAAGAUCAUGGGGGAAUGCAGCGCGUCGGGCGGUGAGCAGCCUCAGUAUUACACACCGGUGUCCACCAAGCUGGAGGCUCAGCUGAUGUCUCCGGGGCUGGACGCACACGUCAAACAGGGUGGCGUUCCGGAGAUGCCCAUGUGUCGCAUCUGUCACGACAGCGGGGCCCAGGAGGAGCUGCUGUCGCCCUGCGAAUGCUCCGGGACCUUGGCCCCCAUCCACCGCGGCUGUCUGGAGCGCUGGCUGUCGGCCUCCGGGACCAGCUUCUGUGAGCUCUGCCACUACCAGUUCACGGUGCAGAGGAAGUCCAGGCCGCUGCUCGAGUGGCUGCAGAACCCAGGUCUCCGUCAGGAAAAGCGCACCCUGUUUGGUGACAUGGUGUGUUUCCUUCUCAUCACCCCUCUGGCCACCAUCUCCGGCUGGCUGUGCCUCCGCGGCGCCAUAGAUCACCUUCACUUCUCCAGCCGGCUGGAGGCCGUGGGACUCAUCGCGCUGACCGUCGCCCUCUUUACCAUUUACCUCUUCUGGACCCUGGUGUCCCUCAGGUAUCACAGUCGACUGUACAACGAGUGGCGGCGGUCCAAUCAGAGAGUGGUCCUCCUGCUUGCCCGGUCACACGGCGAAGCGUCAGCAGCGCCGCUGUCCUCACGGGGCUCACAGCGAGGGAAGCAGCCGUCCAAAGAGUCGGUAGUCUGAGCACACAGCCGUCUCCAAGACGGGCUCUCUUCAGGGGGACGGACUCUGCUCGUCCUCUGCUCUCUUUGCACUUUAUAGCAGCACUCUGGGAUGCUCUGCCAGAGCUGAUGUCACGUGUGUGAAUGGUCGCGGGUAAAGAGCACUUAAAGGUCAUGGUGAAACCCAUAAAGGACCUGUGCACAAUAAACGGGGGGGGGGGGGUGUAUGGACUGCAGUGUUUGGGUCAAUGAAACGACAGAAAGGAGAAACACUGUCACACGUUACUUAUAGUAAGAGCACUGUGCUGAUGAGGGAGGCACCGUGACUCUUAUUGCCUCAAAGAAGCAUUUGGGGAAAAUCGUCUUGUUUGCCGUGUCAGGUGAGGAAUAUCUGUUUCACAAAACAUCAGACUGUUCCUUUAAGAAAGACCAUUAAACUGUAGGCACCCAUUCAAACAACAAGAGACAGAGCUGUGGACAUCUGUGCAUUUCAGCAAGACACGUUGCAUUGAUGAAACGUGUGUUUGAUGUAGAGUUGGUCACCAGUGUUCCACUCUAGUCCCUCCAGCUCAGCCUUAAAGUCCUCUCCUGCUCCAGAUUCAUGCACACAAACAGCCACAGUCAGUCUGAUUAAGUCCAUUAGAAUCAGUUUUGCCACUUUUGAUUGGUUGUUUGGGACGCACUUAAACCAAAGGUUAUUUUUUAUUGAAACAUUUUGUUGUUUGUCUGUUUCAUGUGUGUGAUCAAAUAAAAUACAAUGAAGAGUA